UUUUAAUGCUCGAUUUCUGAAGGACAACACAGGCGGAAUUCUCAGAUCAGGUGAAGUGUUGGCAAUGUUAGGAAUAGGAUUUGAUUAGUUUCCAAUGGGUUUGUGCAAGUGUGAACGAAGAAGAGUGACUAACCUCUUUUGCUUCGAGCAUCGGGUUAAUGUGUGUGAAUUCUGUUUGGUAGCGAACCACAAUAAGUGCAUCGUUAAAUCCUACCUUAGGUGGAUAAAAGACAGUGACUUUAAUCCCUCAUGCAGUAUAUGUCGUGAACCGUUUGAAACUGACCCUUCUAAAAAAUGCGUACGUCUGGUGUGUCUAGAUGUUUAUCAUUGGGACUGUUUGAAUAACUAUGUGUUAAGUCUCCCACCAACAACAACUCCUGCCGGCUUUUUGUGCCCGCUGUGUGAUCAGCCAAUCAUACCUCAAGCGAAUCACGGUGGUCCUGUUGCAGAAGCUCUCCGUACGUGUCUCAGUGAAGUUGAUUGGGCUAAAGGAAGCUUGAAUGAAAUAAGAAAAUACUUUACCAUAGAACCAAAUCCAAGAGUCAACUCAACACCCAGUAUGUAUACGCCAACCCAGAGUACAACGGAUGUUAAACUCUUUGAUCCACGUUUGGAUUUGGCCGCUAAACAAUUUCUUAAAGGACGUGAUGUGACAGAUAUUUUGGAGACCCCGCAAAAGUCGUCCGGAAUGCAGAUGGAUACUAUUUCAAAUGGCACCAAUAUGUACAGUAAUGAUUCUAAAAUAAACUACCAACGCAGAGACCAGUUUUUAUCUUCAAAUCCGUUCACCUCCUCAGAAAAUGAUGAUAAUGCUAAAUAUAAGCAUCACCUAUCCGUAGCUUGUUUCAAGCGCUUCCUAAGAGGAAAUUCAUCCAAAUUACUUCGUGUAUCAUCUAUUCGCCGACAUCGUCUUAUUGUUCUAAUUGUUGCCUGCAUUAUUUUAAUAUUUCUACUUGGAUUUUAUGGCUCACAACCAAAUGAUGUCAGUGGUGAUCCGUUGUUAGAUCCUCAUAUGAAUCCUAAUUUACACUUUAAACUUGAACCUAUUGAUUCAAUGAAAGUUAUGCUGGACAAUAAUCAUAAUAAUGGUGGGGAUAGACGUAUAAUCGGUGGUUUAAAUGAAGCCUAAUUGCUGUGUUGUGUCAACUGCGGGGAGCGGGGGUUGUAACAACAAAUAAUUUCUUUUUUUUCUUUUUGAUUAUACAUGAUUGAUUUUGUUUUCCUGACUUCAAAGUCUUUUUUUCUUAUUUUUAACAGAUCAUAUAGGUACUUUGUUAUUUAUUUAUUUGUUUAUUAUUAUUUUUUUCAUCUUGUUAUUGUAGCUUCCUGUUUUUAUUCCCUGAAUAAUAUGCUCUUGAGUUUACAAAAGACAAAAUGUAUUCUAGAUGAGCUUUACAAUUAUAGGUAGUGUGGAAAGUGUCUAAAGGCUCGUGUAAACAGCAUGUAAUGCUGUGUAUAUGCGUGUGUAUUCUAGCCUCAUAUUUUUGUGGUGUUUAUAUUCAGUGGUUCGUUAUGUUGGUUUACUUGUCAGUCUUUUUUAAAAUCGUGUAUCAUUCUCCGAAUCUCUCGACAUUGAUGACUAAUAUUGAUAUUUUGUUGUGUAUGUUAGGAUAUGUGCGUGGGGAUCUGUAACUAAAAGACAUGCUAAAUAACCAUAUAUUUUCGUUCGUAUUUCUAUAAUCUACACCUUUUGUUCAGAAACAGUCGUGUAAAAGAAAUAAUAAUAAUAAUGAUUCAAUGGGGUUGGAGUUUUGUUUAUUUAUUCAAAAUAUCAGCAAACAAUGUUUCCUACACGUGAUACUUUUAUUUGUUAUAUUUAAUGUUUUGCGUUGAAGGUCAUUAAUUUGUGUUAAAUGUGAUCUGGUUUCAGUGAAUUACAAAUGAACAAACAAAAAGAGUGAGAAGACGAAAACAACAAAUAGUACUAAAAUGUUCAAGUGUUGGUUUCCAGCAAUUUGAUUGGGUAUAGGUUUGAUCACAUCACUUAGAAAAC